AUGGCCUCUCAACUGGUGCCACUGCCCGAAGUCGAGCGCGUUAGCCCAGUCUGCAUUCGCAUUCUGGGCGGCAACCCGGGAAAGUUUACGCUGCAAGGCACCAACACGUACUUGCUCGGACGAGGCAGCCGUCGCAUCCUAAUCGACACCGGCGAGGGCGUGCCGUCGUGGAUCGCAGCCAUCAAAUCCACCCUGGAGCAAGAACAGGCAAGCGUCGAGACGGUCCUGAUCACCCACUGGCACCGGGACCACCAGGGCGGCAUCCAGCAGCUGCUGGAGCUGUCUCCGGACUCCAAGGUCUUCAAGAACCAACCCGAGGAGGGCCAAUCGGACAUCUCGGACGGUCAAAGGUUUGUCGUCGACGGAGUCAGCCUUACGGCUGUAUUUACCCCGGGGCACACUGUGGACCAUAUGGCCUUCGUCCUGGAGGAGGAAGACGCCAUGUUUACGGCGGACAACGUUUUAGGCCAAGGGACGGCCGUGUUUGAGGACUUGGCUACCUACCUCGACAGCCUUGAGAAGAUGCGACACCUGUUCAAGGGGAGGGCGUAUCCAGGCCACGGGCCCGUGAUUGACAACGGUCCGUCAAAAAUUCUCGAGUACAUCAACCACCGGAAAGCUCGCGAGGAGCAGGUUAUUCGUACGCUACGGACAGUGAGGCAAGGCGAAACCAUCGAAGGCGCGGCUAACGCGUGGACACCUAUGGAACUUGUCAAGGUCAUAUACCAUGACGUUCCGGAGGAGCUUCACGUCCCCGCGGGUGGCGGAGUCAUCCAGAUCCUGGCCAAGCUCGAAAAGGAAGACAGAGUAGCCCAGAGCAACGACAGAUGGACUCUGAAAGAUCGAUCGGCGUUGUAG